GUGAAACGCGAGUUAAAAAAAAAAAAAAACAAAAAAUCGAAGCGGCUGUGUUGUGCGUCGGCGUUUCGCGUUUUUCGCUCUUCGCCGCAGUUUAUUAACAAUAAAAAUCGGGAAAAGGCGGCUGCUUGGAAAAGUGGCGCCGAAAGUGUUUCCACAUUGCGUGUUUCAAAAUUAAAAUUACAGUGCAAGUGGCGAAAAUCAAUAGCAAAGCAAAGUAAAUAAAGUGCAUACGAAUGAGAGUGCAUACGAGGAAAGCGAGAUAACCAAAUGCAAGUGCGUGAGGGCGAAGAAAGCCAGCGAAUAGGAAAGGCAGAAGAAGGAGCCCAGGCGAAGAAGCGGCUAAAGAGUGCAGCUAGAGAGGAAGAACACUGCAACAAUAAAUUUCGGUGCGGCGGCGUUUUUUACGUGACGCGAAAUUAAAUGCGCUCUCGCAGUCCCCGUUCUCGUCCCCGCCCCUCUCUCACCGUCGAAAUUUAACUGCGAACAGGGUCAAAAUAAAACCCGUCAAAAGAAAUACCUGUGUAUAUAAAUUCUAGGUAUUUCCUACCGUCUUUAGUUUGCGCUACCUUCGCUCUUUAUUUUCUUUUUGCGGUUAACGCGCGCGUGAUUCAUAAACUCGAUUCUGUUGUUGUCGCAGUUGAGGAAAAACAACAACAAAAAGAAUCUGACACGGUGCAUUGAACCUGCUGAAAUCAUUGGUUACCAGUAGGCAGCAGCAGCAGCAACAUGGAUAAUAACAUUUGUGCAAUAGUUGAAUACGAGUACGCGGCCAAGGAGCCGGACGAGCUGGAUCUCCAGAAAGGUGCCAUUAUCCAUCGAAUCAAGCAGAUGCCCGGCGGCUGGUGGCAGGGCACUUUGAAGUCCAACGGAGUCACGGGUAUGUUUCCGGAUAACUUUGUUCGUGUUUUGGACUCCAACAUCAGCAGCAAUGGCAAUGGAAAUGGAAGUGCAGACCACAGUGACGAGGGAACAUCUGUCCAGUUGAGGGACAAAUCCGCGACUUCCAACCGCCGCUGCAAAGUCAUCUAUAGCUACACACAAGUCAACGACGACGAGCUGACGCUGGCCGUGGGUGAUGUCAUUGAAUUCCUAGGGGAGGUCGAGGAAGGCUGGUGGCGCGGUCGUCUUCGCAGCAAAGUCGGCGUCUUCCCUUCAAACUUUGUGCAACAUAUCGAGCCGUCUCCUAUUUUGGCCUCCAAACGGCCGCCAACAAUUGGCGCCACGGUGACCACAUCAUCCCUAACGGCCAAGGCGGUCAAUAUAGCCAGCAGCAGUAGCAGCAGCAGCAGCACAACCACAGCCGGCACUGCCACAACGACAACAACAACAACAUCGAAGCAAUCGACCAGGAGCAGAGGCACAGCGGCAGCAGCAGUCACAUCAGCUCCAUCGGUGGCGGAACCAGCGGCCAUAGGAUCAGCUAUCGGAACGGGUGCAGCCGGCGCUGGUGUUCCCAUGCUGCCACCGAAGCCCCAGAGGGAAUUCUGCCGGGUGGAGUUCCCCUAUGCCCCCCAGAACGAUGAUGAGCUGGAACUGAAAGUGGGCGAUAUCAUCACAGUGAUCAGCACCGAGCUGCCGGAUAAGGGAUGGUGGCGUGGCGAGAUCCGGGGCAAAGUGGGUGUCUUUCCCGAUAACUUUGUCAAUAUGCUGGCACCAUCGGAAGUUGCCCCCAUCAACGAGCCGCCAGUUGCCACGACGCAGCCGCAGACGCAGCGGAAGAUCGGGAACAUCAAUAGUACUGCCAACAGCACCACCAGCCACAUGACCACGACGAAUUCGAGCAACUCCAGCACCACCACGGUGACCUCGCAGCAACAGCAGAAGGAGCAGCGCGAUCAGGUUGGCGGCAGCUCAUCCACCACAUCGAAGGUGUACAUCAAGAAGACGGGCAGCAGCAGCAAUAGCACCACAAGCAGCACCACCACCAACGCCUCUUCAUCGUCGUCGGCGGGUCGCAAGGAGAGCUUUGGCUCUCGAGAUUCCCUUAACGACAUCCUGAGCGAGACGGGUCUGCCCACCGGCAAUGUGGCUGCCCAGCGCAAGUCGCUGGAGAACAAGAACCUUGACCUGACCAAACCGCCGGGUGCAACAGCUGCCGUUAGUCAGCAGAGGAACAGUACCAGCAAUACCUCGGGCACGGUAACAGCGGGAUUGGUGGCUUCGGCGCUUAACAAGAGUCUGGAGAAUAUGGAUGAGAAGGUGAAAUCACCGCCACCGCCGGUGCUGAGCAAGAAGCCAAGUGUGCCGCUCAAGAAGACACCCACUGGUGGUGUACCUGUGGCAGGUAAUCUUCUUGGCGGCAAAAAGAAGAAUCCCGAUGGAAAGCUCACCAGUGCCGUUUCCCAUGACCUGGCAGAUGGUCUUACGGCCAGUAAGAUGCUCACAGGAUCAAACCAACUUCCAGACGCCGGAGCAGCUGGUAACCUGGUGAUGCGAAGGGCAGCCACCAUAGCUGUGGAGGACACAGACUUUGAUCGCGUGGAGCGGUCCUCAAUCCUCACGGAUAUGCGACAGGGCCGGGUUAAGGCCCCGAAGCGACGACCUCCUUCGGCGGCCAUCAAUGUUUUGGGGGAGAGCAAUAAUAACUCGGUGUAUGUCAACGGCAGCGGUAUGGCUGGAGCCGGUGGCGGAGCUGGAAGUGCCAGCGAACUGAGCGAAGAUGGAGGAGCGGGUGGAAAGGCCACGGCAGCAACAGCCUCCUCCGAUGACAAUUCAACAGGCGAAGAGCCACAGCUGGCCAAGCCCAAGCCACGCGAGUGGGAAAAGAAGAAGGCUCCUUGGAUGGAGGAGCUCAAGGCCUCGCAGGUCACGCGAAAGAAGACCUCGCCCAGUGUAGAGCCACGCGGAGCCUCGGUGGCCGAGCGGACAUCCAAGCUCUUUGCCGCUGAUCAGGCUAUAAUCAGCAGCAGUAGCAGCAGCAGUACCACCACGAAAGUGCAAUCCUCGGCGGUGACAUCCUCCAUGUAUGUGGAGAAUUCAACCAGCAGCAGCACCACCACUUCCACAACCACCAACGAUGCCAUCAUGUCCCGCAGCCUAACUGCCGCUGCCAAGGCAGCCACAGCGGCCAGUAGCGAUGAGGAGACAAAGGCCACGCGGCCAAACAGUCUGUCCAUAAGGAAUCAGCGGAGUGUUUCGCCGCUGGUCAAAAGCUCCAAUGCCAGCAGUUCGCAGUCACAGGAGGAGAAGCCCAGCCAAGGACUUAAUAACCACCAUCAGGAUGGCUCUAGUGGAUCUGCGAGGGUUAACCAGUUGGAGCAAAGGGUGGAAAAGCUGGAGGGAUUGGUGCAAAAUCAACAGCGGACCAUCGAAGAGCUGGUGAAUGCCCUCAAGUCCGAGGCGGAGCGCGUGAAGAUACUGAGGAGCGAGCUGGACAAAUAUGCGCAGUGCGUGACGCAAGUUUGAGCCUUUUAGCCUAGCUUGAGUCCUUGAUUUGUUUUUUAGCGUGCUAAAGAAACUCUACAUUCCCAGGCCCAUAGAACGUAGAACGUAGAUGACCGAACCCAAGACAAUCCCAAAUAUCUGUGCUCUGUGUGUUCUGUACUUACAUAUACAUACAUAUAUCCAGAAUGAACUACUAUCCCAGAACUGGUGUGUUGCGAUCAAUCGGUUUUUGCAUGCCAAAAUCGUAUUCGUUUCGUAUUUGCGCUAAUUCUUUCUGUAUUCCAUUCCCCCACUGAUAUAAUCCUUGUAUAUCUGAUACAUAUAUAUAAUAAUUUCGAUAAGUAUUUUUUAUACAUUCGUACAUUCGGAGAGCGAAGAACAGAAGCAGAAGAAGAUGACAUUGUGUGUGAUUUCUUUUAACUGAACGCUUCGUUUCGAUUGCGAUUUGUUUUGUUUAUAUACAAUUUAUGGAUUAUUUUUUAAAGAUGUGUAUUAAAGUUAUGAGUAAAACUGUACUAUAAACUAUAUACUAAACGAGAGAGAGAGAGAAAUAUAUACAAAUGAUGCCUAAAACUUAAGCAAUAUCCAAUAAAUAAUGCAAAAUAAAUAUUUCAAUGUUUUCUGAA